AUGGAGGAUAUGCGUUACAUAUCACUGGGAAGGUAUCCAACUGUAAAGAUAUUAGAAACGAAAGCUGUUGAAACCAAUCGCUGCUGUUCCUGCCGCCGCUGGAGAGCGUCUGACCCCCAACCCAGGAAGCCAGCGCCGGAGAACGAGCGGGUGGAGGAAAGAGGACGUCCAGGCUCCGGCACUGCGGCUCCCCGCCCCCUCCUUCCUCUUCCCCCUCCCACGCCACCGCCCCCGCCCGGGCGCCCGCAGCCCCCGGCGUCAGCGCUGCCCGGCCGCCCCUACCUGCGGGAAGCGAGCGGCGAGGGAGGAGAGCGGCCACCAGCCUGCGCCAACUCUUGCCUUCUCGGCCGGCCGCGCUCCGCAUCGCCCCGGAGUGGCGGCCGCGGGGAGCCGAGCGCUCAAGAGCGCGGAGGAGAAGGCCACGCAGCACGCGGGGAGUCGCGCGACGGCGGAGAAGCGAGCCCGUCCGCCUCCCUCCCACCCCGCCCGCGAGGCCAGGUCUCCGCGCCGCGCACGCCGGGCCCACGGCCGGCGCCCCUGGCCUGCGCGCGGGCUGCUCCGGGGCGGCCCGGUCACAGCUCGGCCAGCCGCCGGGCGGUCCUCCCGCGUCAGCCUGAGGCCAGCGCCAGUGUCGCGGCGACGCGAAGCGCGACCCUCCGGGCGCGGGGGCACCGGGGGCGUUACUACCUGGAGGGCUCCGCGGCGCUUGUUAGGCUUCUCCCGGGCACGCGGGGAUUUCUGUCUUCGGAGCACGGGGGUUGUCCUUCCUGGCCCCCCUCCUCUGCCCUCCCUCCCUGCCUUGGCCGUUUGGCUCCUUCUCUCCACUCCCAGUUGAACAGAGUCGAGCUGCGUUAUUUAAUAAUCCUCCUGCUGCUCUGCCUGAGCCACCGCUUCCCAGGCAGUCAUGUUGUGGAGAGAGGGAGAGCGAGAGGCGGAUUGGCAGUCGGUCGGCGACUGUUCGUGCAGAAAUUCUGCCCGGUGACAGAACAGCAGGAUCCAUCAUUGCCCUUGCUCUGUGGAGGAAACUAAAAGGGCAAGCAGGUCAACUGCCCAGGAUUUCAGAGAGGAAUCCUCUCCAGAAGCGAAGCCCAGAUGACUGGGUCAAAAUACUCACUGCAUGAGCUGUCUUUGAUCUGGGAACUACACAGACACCAAGGAUUCGUCCCAUGGAGCGGAUGUGGUAGCAAGACUAUUAAGAUGUGAUCAAUGAGGUCUUACAGAAAAUGAUCUCAGGAUUUCUCAUCUUCAUAUGAGGGACUGUUGCUCAUAGAAGCUAAUCACCUGCUGUACAGAAGCCAUGCAAACUAUGGAAAGGCCCACAUGGAGAGGAACCGAUGCCUUUUAUCCCUCAGCACCAUCUGACAGACUCCACAUAAAACCAGCACCAAUUUGCCAGCCAUGUAAGUGAGCCAUUUUGGCAAUAGAUCUCCAGCUCCAAAUCUAUCUACUCCAGCCAGCCAUGUGGAGCAGAAACAAGCUGUAUUAAUUUUUAUUGCUGCACACCAAACUACUGCAAACAUAGUGGCUUAAAAUAAGUAGCAAUUUAUUAGUUCACAGUUUUGCAGGUCAAAAUUCUGGCAAGGUGUGGCUAGUUCUCUGCUUAUUAUCACAAGUCUGAAAUCAAGGUGUUAGCCAGACUGAGUUCUCAUCUAGGGGCUCUGCGGCACAAAUCAACUUCCCAGCUCUUUCUGGUUGUUGACAGAAUUCAGUUUCUUGCAGUUAUACAGCUGAGAUCUCUUUUUCUUUUACGUGUGCCUCCCUCCAUCUUCAAGCCAGCAACAGCAGCUUAUAUCCUCAUGCUUCAAAUCUUUAACUUCUUCUGCCGACCAGAGAAAACACUCCCACUAGACUAU